AUGGACCACACUCGGCCCUUUAGGCCAGAAUCCCUGAAGGUCGCCUACGGGAAAGUUGGCCAGUACCAAAGGUUCCAGCAACCCAGAAAGAAAAAUGGCUCAUUCAAAAGGAAGGGGAUUGAAAGAUGGCAUAGAACUGUGUCUACCAACUUAGCAAAACAGAAUGUGUUGGUCCCCAAAGAGGAAUCAUCGAGCGAAAGUGACUUGGGGUUUCAUGAAAACCAGCAAAAUCAGAAAAAAAAUUUGAUGAAGAAAAUGAAGACUGCUUUGGGGAAAAUGUUGCCCUUCAAGAGCAGAGGCAAACCAGCCAGUGCUCACAGGGAGAGUGUCACCAGACAGAAGGAAGCCCUCCUGGCCAGCACACAGAGCCUGCUUCCUAGGCUUGUCAGGGAGCUCCCGUCUCCCAAGUUAUUUACCAAGCCAAGAACAGGAAAGCUUUCACAGAACGCAACUAUACAGCUUGAUGUUGUAGAAGCAGAGACUGAAGAGAUAAGCAAGGUAGGCGGGCUCCUCCGGGCCAGGAGAACUACCAGGCGGUUAUCUGUGAAUUCUCUUCCUUCUGGGCUUCAGAAGGUACCACAUUCAUCAAAAAAGAGACCACAUUUUCUAGCACUGAAAAAGAAGAAACACAGCAUGGAAGGCAUCCUUGGAAAAUCAGACUCGACAGUGGGAAAGCUUCAAAUGCAGGUAGAUGACCUCAUAGAAACAGUGAUGGAGAAGUCCAGGAAGCUACUGGCCCAAAGGCAUGCUGAGCUUCAGCAGUGCCAGUUUCUAGGAGAUGAAAUUCUUCAGUCUUCCAAGCAGUUCCAGAGGCUAUCCAAGAGGACCAUGCGGAAGUACAGGCUGAAGAGCGUGUGCUCCCCAUGUGCCUGCUGCUGCUGCUGA